AUGCUAAUUCAAACUAUCACAUUAGUUAAACAACAACUGUUUUCGAUACCUGGCUAUCGUGUGCAUAAUAACUAUUCUUCGCCGUCAUCAUCGGUCUAUUGUCCGAUAAAUCCAUCAAUGUACCUAGUUAAAUCAGUUGUCGUUUAUCAAAUUCAAUCAAUCGAUAGGGCAACGUUGACUGUACCUGAUCAACCACGAUUGGCACUGCAGGCCAGAAAAACUCGUGAUUCGACAUUAGUUUUUAAUGAUCCACCGAACUCUCAAUGUUAUCUACUGAAAUUUUCAUCGGCAUCAAGAUUUAGUCAUGUGCAUAUUGAAGGUGUGAAAGUACAAUUCAUAUACGAUGUUAGAAAUCUUGACGCAGAUAAGAAUCAAUCUAAUGGGAUUCCUGCUCCUUACCUUCCACCCACACGAAAUGCAGACAUAAAUUGUGGAUCAAUCGUCUGCCACAAUGGUGGUCAAUGUUUAUCACUCAGUGAUAAUAAAUAUGAAUGUCAGUGUGAUUCUUGGGGCCAAUGGUUGGGUAACACUUGUUCGCUACCUAAUCCAUGCCUACGCAUGCCUUGUAACAAUACUGGACUAUGCUAUUAUCGUCACGAUGCUACGUAUUAUUGUGUCUGUUUUCCUGGACAUUCAGGUGAAAAUUGUCAAAUUUCUUCUGGACCAACAUCGACCACCAUUGCCCCACGAUCAUGGAAUCCAUGCUUAUCAAAUAAUCCUUGUCUCAAUGGUGGUACUUGUGUUUACACGAGGAAACAUAACCAGUUCACAUGCGAGUGUCCAUAUCGUUACAGUGGUGCCAGAUGUCAAUUUUCUGAUUCCCUCCCUGUCAGUACAACAUCACCACCGCUGAGUACUUGUGGCAUCUGUGAAAUUAAAUCUCGCCUUGACUAUGGUGAUCGGGUUGUCAAUGGUCAACCAGUUAACAGUCACACGUGGCCGUGGAUUGUUUCAGUGCAAAACCGUGAAUCACAUUUUUGUGGCGGCACUCUGAUCGAUUCUCUUCAUGUGGUCACUGCUGCGCACUGCUUCGAUACACCAGGUUCAUCAACAAGUGCCUACCAAGUGGUAGCUGGAUUAUUGAAUUUACGUCAAUCACGGUUAGCUACUGUUCAAAGAUAUAAUAUCGAUCGAGUUUUCCGACACGAACAAUACAGUUCGACCAAAUUAAUCAAUGAUAUUGCUAUAAUAAAGCUAAGUAAACCAGCACAAAUCACUUCGUCUGUUUAUCCUAUCUGUUUACCCAGUGCUGAUCAUUCUCAAGACCCCCGAAUUGGCCAACUUGUACAAAUAGCUGGCUGGGGUUACACCAGUAGUGCGACAAAGCGCAUUGCUCCCCAAUUGCAAGAAGCUAUUAUAGAAAUUCUUGAUCAGAAUAGUGAUUUCCAUGGUGGUCCAGGAUGCGGUGUAUGGGCAAAACGAGGAAAUCCGAUGGAUCAAGCAAGACAAAUAUGUGCAAUGAGUCGUGAUACACGGACGGACUCAUGUCAGGGCGACUCAGGUGGUCCAUUAAUACGUAAUAUCGGUAACAGAUGGUACCUUUUUGGAAUUGUAAGCUACGGUGAUGCAAUUUGUGCAUCAAGUAAUGCAGCUGGUGUUUACACACGUGUCUCUGCAUACGUACCAUGGAUUCGACAAAAACUUCGACUGUAA